GUGACUUGAAGGCGGAAGCUAUCCCGUAAACACAAAAACUAGCUCCAACGAAAGAGAGCGCAAACGACUGUUUUUCGUGAGUUUUUGUUAAUUUUUUUUUUAACGCUACACACGGCAUAUCAGUGCAUGGUGAGUCAUGUCUCUAAGCCACGCCAAGGACUCCAGCUUUCUGGGAGGGAGGAUACCACCAGAAAUAGACUCAAUGUCGAAAAACCUUAAGGAUGUGGAUCAAGAGAUGUUCAGAAAAAUACUGAAAGCGGUGGUCAGCGGGCUGGAGGGGAAGGACUGCAGCGAGGUGAUGAAGUCCAUAGCCGAGAGCAGCACCGUCCCCCAGGAGAGGCUCAGCCACGUCGUCGCCGGGGUCUACCGGUUGCUGUCCGAGGCCAUCCGCGUCCCCGCGUCCUCCCUGAAACAAGAGGCCUUCAGAGAGGAUCUUCGGGAACUGAGGAUACCUGAAGAAUUCAUCACAGAUUUCUCCAGUGUGGUUUUUGGCAACAGGCGUGCAGCUCUAGAUGCAGCGACUGCCCGGAAUGACCCACACCUCCCCACGGUAGAAGACUUUAAAUGGAGGGUGGAUGUCGCCAUUUCCACGAGCUCUUUAGCCAGAAGCCUGCAGCCGUCUGUUCUGAUGCAGAUGAAACUAUCAGAUGGGAGCCUUCACCGCUUUGAGGUGCCCGUGUCUAAAUUCCAGGAGCUCCGGUACAACGUGGCUCUGAUUCUCAAAGAGAUGAACGACCUGGAGAAGAGGAACAUCCUCAAAAUCCAAGACUGAUUCACACUGUAAAAGCCUGUUCAGUAAUGAGUUAUUGAAUCUGCCCGCCUUGUUGUUCUCGUUUGACGUGUUGGCAUCCAACAUAUUAAUUAGUGACGGAGUGAAAAAUGAUAAGGACACUUAUCCAGCUGGCUGCACUGUAGGAACGCCUAACAGUGACCAGACUGAAGACAAAAAGACAAGGACCUGUAGUCUUUAGUUCAGAAGACAUCUAGACGUUCACCCCUCCACUUGCCUUGUUGUUAACUGUACAUACAUUAUUGGAUUCAAGCCUCUGUUGUGCCAAAAUACGAAUGCAGUCAGGUGAGCACUCAGGCGCUCUCUUCCUGAAGAGCCAUUUCCCCCGGUGUCAUGUGACUUGGUCCCGAACACUUUGGAAACACAAGGAUUUGCUUAUUGAAAAAUGAACCCUUUUUGUACACACGUGUGUUUAUGACCACUGAUGGGGCAAACAUGUCUGUCUGUUUGUCUUUUGGGUUGUGGAAAUGUUGUAUAAAAAUAUAAAUUGUGGAUUCUUAUGGUUAUUUUGUAUGUUUGCCAUGAGGACAUCAAUGCUCCUCACGUCUUCAAAUCACACGUUUCUAAUAAAAUCUCCAUUACUGUACGAGCAAAGGCCUAUUUGUUCAAAGGUAACGAUCCCUUCAACACUUUCACCUACACAACGGCAAUACACACACUAUGGAGAUCCAUGGACACACAAACACCUGAAGCAGUGCCCUGUAAAGUCACAUAACCAUGCUGUUUGGAAAUCUGUUAUGUUAUUCAACAAAGUCCUAAUCGUGCAGUACGUCAACCCUUAUGCAAGUGAUAUGAUUCUAGAUAAUGUUUGUUGUUUUGGUUCCACACGGAAAUAUCUCCACAGCUGUAUGAUUGAUGGUCCCCAGAGGAUGAAACGUAUGGACUCUGGUAAAUUACUUUUUAUUUAUUUUAUAUGACAUUUUGGGGUGUUUGGUGAAAUAUUUAAAAAAAUAUAUAAAAGUUGGUACACACAUUCAUGUUGCAGAGUAAUAACGUUGUUCAUCACAUGACCUUUCACAUUUUGAUUCAUCGAAAACUUAAGUUGGCUUUGUGUUCACCAAUCAUCACAUAUUAGCAUACACAUGUCCUUUAAUAGAACACCGUGGAUGUUCCCUUUAUGAGAACAUUCACCAACUGUGAAGUUUCCCCAGUUGACCUUCAAUGUCGCUUCCUGAUUUCUGAGUGUUAGAAGCUAAACUGUAAUAUAUUAACAUCUGUUA